AUGGGGAAUGUUAAGCUGUCAGAUGAGGAGAUUGAAGUUAUUCGAGAUUUGGAUAAGCAGUUCCUAGAGAAGAUGUUGAAAGAAGAUACGCCUGCCGACGACGUAGAUGAUGAGAUAGCAAGAUCAGAUAAACUGUUGACUGUAUGCGAGUGUGAAGCAGUGAUAAACGCAAGACCUUUGACUUACCUUCCAGAAAAUAAUGAUGAUCUGGUGCCAUUAACACCGUCGAUAUUCAUGCAGGAUAUCAAAGAAACUGAUUUGGACAACAUAAAUGCUGAUUCUACAAGAAGACACUGGAAAUAUUUGCAGAAGUUGAGAGAAAUGUUGAGGAGGAGAUUCAGAAACGAAUAUCUGAGCCAGCUAAUAUUAUUCAAUAAUAGAAAACAAAUUCGAGAAGUGAAAGUAGGGGAUUUAGUUCUCAUUGAAAACGAAGAUUUAAAGAGACUCGAUUUGCCUUUGGGUAUUAUUGAAGAGAUAUUAGUAAGGAAGGAUGGCAAGAUUAGACUAGUGAGAUUAAGAACUUCGAAUGGACACUUGAUGCGACCAAUUCAACGAUUGUAUCCUUUGGAGUUGGAUAUUCAAGAAUCUGAGCUUUUGAAACUUAAAUUCAGAAGUAACAGAAGAGAAGGGGAAAGAGAAAAGAAAGUUCAGACGAGAGCUGAACCUACAGAAACCCAAACAAGAUCUGGUAGAAUAGUUCAUCAACCCAACAGACUGACCUAUUGA